CUCAACCUCGUCAAGACGACACUGAACAAACGACAACACCACCUUGUCUUUCACCACGCACACGCAUACGCAACCCCCUCUACAAAAAUGCCUCGUCAAAGAUCUGCCGGCGCUGGUCGCGCUCCUGCCCGCCCAACUGUCCCCGCGCGGACGUCCACCCAUCCCCAGUCCCAGCAGCAGACCCGGCCGGCCGCCACCUACGCCGCGCCCGCGACACAGGCUCCUCACCAGCCUCCUCCUACCGCACAGGCGCCUGCGUCGUCCGGCGGCUCCGGUCUCUUUGGGCAGAUGGCUAGCACUGCUGCAGGUGUCGCAGUCGGUCACACCGUCGCCAACGGUAUAAUGGGCAUGUUCGGUGGCUCCUCGUCCAGCGAGGCCGCAGAAGCCUCCCCGCAGGCCGCCGCGCCCCAGCAGCAGAACUCGUACUACGCCAACCAGCAGGCCGACCCCAACUGCGCGAUGGCGACCAAGAGCUUCACGAGCUGCAUGGACGAGCACCAGGGCAACAUGUCGAUCUGCGGCUGGUACAUGGAGCAGCUCAAGGCCUGCCAGGCCGCUGCCAGCAAGUAUUAAGCCUGGGCAACGAGCUUUGCGGAUGGGAAAGUGUAGAAAAGAAAGAGACAGGGAAAAUAAUGGAUGGCAUAAGAGCGACGUCGAGUGUGGUUUGAUCUGGUGGGAAAGAAACCUUUCCAUUCGGAACCAAUGGGCGGGGGAAAAGAAGAAUCAUCUGGUUU